UGUCAUGGUGGACACGUAAUUCGCCGGCAAGGUUUCAUCAGAAAUAUUAGCGAAUUUACCAAGAUGGACACAACAGACUUCCAUUUUAAUCUCCUUGUCAAUGCAGCACUGUCUGUUCUUGGAUUCCUGAUAUGUUACAAAGUGAUUCCACCGUUUGGGGAAAUGUUUAUACAGGCACAUCUGUUUGGUAUAGACCAGAGUAAAACAACCAAAGCAAAAGUCCCUGAAGCCUUAGGUGUGAUUUGUGGAGCCAUUUUCCUGAUAAUUAUGUUCCUUUUCAUACCAGUUCCCUUCUACAAACAUCUCUACUACACAGAAAAUUACAAGAGUUUUCCUCAUAAUGAGUACAUAGAAUAUAUAGCAGCACUAUUAUCUAUAUGCUGUAUGAUAUUCCUGGGUUUUGCUGAUGAUGUACUAAACCUGAAGUGGAGACAUAAAGUCAUGUUACCGACCAUUGCUUCUCUUCCUUUAUUGAUGGUCUACUUUGUCAACGUUGGAUCUACUACAAUUGUUGUACCAAAACCUUUCAGAUUGUACCUAGGACAUGAUGUUGAUUUGAGUAUCUUGUAUUAUGUUUAUAUGGGUAUGUUAGCUGUAUUCUGUACCAAUGCUAUAAAUAUACUGGCUGGAGUGAAUGGUCUGGAAGCUGGACAAUCAUUUGUUAUUGCUGUUUCUGUUGUUAUAUUUAACAUCCUAGAAUUGUCAGGAUGUUGUACAGAGGCACAUGUAUUUAGUUUAUAUUUUAUGAUGCCAUUUAUAGGAGUUUGUCUAGCUUUGCUCAUCCAUAACUGGUAUCCAUCUCGUGUGUUUGUUGGAGAUACAUUCUGUUAUUUCUCAGGGAUGACUUUUGCUGUUGUAGCUAUACUAGGACAUUUUAGUAAAACUAUGUUACUGUUUUUUAUACCACAAGUUGUCAACUUUGUGUAUUCAGUUCCACAAUUAUUUAAAUUUGUUCCAUGUCCUCGACAUAGGUUACCAAGAUAUAAUAGUAAAACAGACAAAGUAGAAAUGAGUUGCACAAAAUACAAAUAUAGUCAAUUAAAUAUUAUUGGAAAGUUAUGUGUGACAAUAUUUCGAUUAUUACGAGUGUUAGAUGUAAAGGAUAAUGUAGGGGAAGAUGGACAAUACACAGAGUGUAACAAUAUGACAUUAAUAAAUCUUAUAUUGAAGUUUACUGGUCCAUUACACGAGAGAACUCUAGUCAUCAUACUUAUGGCAAUACAGGUUUUAUGUAGUGGAGUAGCAUUUUUCAUCAGAUAUCAUCUAGCCAAGUUAUUUUAUGAUUAACAGAGAAAACUAUUAAUACAGCAUAUGUUUAGUUGAUGAUUGCUUGGUACAAAUCUUUCAUGAUUUUUUUAGCUGUUUAAAAAUGAUUUAAUAAUUCUUUAUAUUAAUUCAACUAGGGUAAAUGAGAAAUUUCAUGAAUGUUACUUUCUAUAGUCUUUGUUAUACUAUACUGUGAAAAUUUUAUAUCCUAUUUUUUUAAUUAAUCAUGUAAAUUAUUAUUAAGUUCUGAUGAAAUGUUUGAUGUAUAUCUGUAUAUGUUUGCCAGGAAUAUGGAAAAAUGUGAAAAUGAAUGUUUGAAUUUUAACUUGUUAAAUUGUUAUAUAAACUACUGUAUAUUAAGAAAAUGGGGAUUAUUAGAUAUUCGACUUAAAUGUUAGUUUGGUCGUUGCAUUUUAGGAAAUACUACAGACAAAUAAUGUUAUCUUAAAUUUAAAUGCAAUCUUUUAUUUUUUAUGACACCUAUAUCUCGUUGCAACUUUUGCAAAAAUGAAUAAAAUAUUUCUGAAUUAUCUAAUUUUUUGCAUUAAUUCUGAC